GCGCCGCAUGCACGGAAAGACGCUCAAUUUCAGUGUUGCCCAGCAACAUACGGGUCGUCCCUUCCUCCCUUAGUAGACCCGUCAUUAGUCUGCGUACCGGAGACUAAUAUCUUGUCACUGUCGCUGGUCGCGAGACAUUCAACAUGGGCCUCGAGAGACGAUUUCUGCAUGGCAAGAAACUGUUAGCAUUUGGCAUACUCACCCUCGUCUUCCUCGCUCUCUACACCUUCUUUCCCUCAUCAUCUUUCAGCUCUUGGACCCCAAGUUUGGACUUCCUUGCCUCUCGCGUUCGCAGCGGAUGUACGCCGGAGCAAUGGGCCAAUGGCCAAUGGAUUCCAAGGACACUACAUACCAAUAAGACAGAGAUGACGAAGCAAGAGGAUGCUUUGGAGUUCAUCGGGUUUGAAGGAUGUGCGAGUUCAAGAGAGUUCUUCUGGCAUCUUGGCGCAGAUGUGCAAAAUUGGGAUCAUUUUCCAGGUGUUGCUGCUUGGAAAUGGAAGCCCUCAAACGAGUGUGAUAUUCGAGCUUUCGACGCGGAAGCGUUGGUGCAGGAUAUGGUUGAGCAGGGUGGCUGGUUGUUAAUUGGCGACUCUGUGACCGAACUUCAAUUCUUUUCGAUGUCAUGUUUACUCUAUCCCCACGUCCGCGCUACUCCGAAUUACACGGAGAACCCGUAUUUCGACCGUGCUUGGCCGCAGAAUCUCUACCUCUCACCAGAGUCGCCAUUAGUGGAGAAAUUGCACCCUCCGACUGGGUUCAAUAUUUCUUCUACACCACUGGUUACGUUCCGUCGAGUUGACCUGUUGUUAUCACAAGAUGAGCUCGUGGACCUGCAUAAUGAGCUCCAUCACCCUCCUUCGAACUUCACACUCUUUAGUGACGAGCUGUUUUGGUCGCUUUCCCCCAAAGAAUACCUGGACAUUUUACAAAAACCUUUGCCGGAAGGUAAUUACGGUACCUUGGUCAUUAGCACGGCUGGACACUGGACUACAACCCUCCUACAUGCCUUCCGCGACGAAUCGAAGGGUGAGGACGCAGGUUUCGGCAUUGACAAGAUGUUCCCUUUCUUCCGAGAAGCAAUGAAAAAAUGGGCGGAUAUGGUUCAAAGUGCGCUUGCUGCAGAUAAAGGGACUGCGGGAGGUCGAAGCAGGCAGGUUGUCGUCAGAGCGUACCUGCCAGGACACGAGAAUUGCCACAAUCAUCGGGAACCAUGGGCUGUUUGGCAACCAUUCCAGUGGAAAUUUUACAAUUGGCCAUGGAUUGGUGACUUCAACAAGAUUUUCGAGGAUGUUCUUUCUUCACCGUCAUACCCAGAUAUCCAUUAUCUCUCUAUUGAUCAUCCAGGAUUGCUACGUCCAGACGGACACGUCGCUGGAGACUGCCUGCACAUCAUGACUGGAGCCGGAGUCAUUGAGGGCUGGACCCAAUACAUCUGGCAUUAUAUCACACGCGAAAUACCAGGACGGAUUCGAUGAUCUCAGGCUCUGCUGACUAUCAUCGACUAAUGUCAACACAUAGUACGUGCCGUGCGUCACCUAGGAACGUUUUGAGACAGACGUCGAGAUGGAACGUCCCACGCGGUGAACCUACAGUAUUACUCACAGAAGACAAGUUACUUUCGGAACUGUACUAAUCUAGACUGCUGUGAUUUGGACAUAUAUACCACCUAGAAGUUGAUACAUUACGCAUCACUUGCGAACAGAAAUGUCGUAGUAGGACACUACAUAGCUAAUCAGGACAUUUAUCUCCUUACAUUGGCACAAUUGUGUCUUUCUUUGUGUUCCUUCCAACCUUCUUUCAUGCAUUGGGAGUCACAGAAGAAAGCUCGACCUCCACA